AUGAAAGAAGAAAUUGCAGCAACUGUUUUCUUUGUGGCUCGACUAGCAAAGAAACAUGGCAAACUGGACAGAGCUCAAAGAGAGAAAUUUGCAGUAGCCCUUACUUCAGUUCUCUUUGAAAACUACAAAAACCAUUGGUACCCAGACAAUCCAUCCAAAGGACAAGCUUUUCGUUGUUUGCGGAUGAAUAAGGCUCAGGUGAGGGAUCCAGUCCUUGAACAGGCUUGCAGGCAGAGUGACAUUGACUAUGAUGACUUAGGUUUACCAAAAGAGAUGACCAUCUGGGUAGACCCAGGGGAGGUAUCGUGCCGAUAUGGUGAGAAGUCAACUCCGUUUUGCAUAACUCAGCUGGAAGGUCAGAAAGGCGAUAGGGAAUUCUCUCGCAGGAUAAAUAACGCGGUAGAGAGAGCAUCCUCCGACUAUCAUUCCGGAACGUCCUCGGACGAGGAAGCCGGCAACACCAGCAUAAGCAGCAGUAAUAGCAGUAACCUCUCUGCUCCAGAGCCCAAGUCCAUCCCCACUGUCAGCAAUCCAAACAGUGUUUACCAGUUCAGCGAGUUUGGUCCGCCCACGACCAUGCAGACUUGGGCUCCGUACUCGAAGAGAAAGCCUUAUGUGGGAGAUGGCUAUCAGCACGUUUCAUCCGGUGGCCAGUAUCCCCCUCACAAGAGCUUUAAAAACUACAGGCCUUCCUAUGCUUUCUCUGGACCUCGUAUUGACAAAUACCACUGGGUCAGCAAAACCCGUUCUUGA